CGCUGCCACAGCCGCCGGGGCAGCCCGCGCCCCUCGGCCCGCCGCGUCGCGCCGCCAGGAUGAAGCGGGCCGGGCCCUGGUGCCUGCUCUUGGCCGCAGCCUGCGCCCUGGGCCGGCCCCCGCCGUCCCGGGCCGCCGCGCGCUGCCACGCCGCCGGCGCCUGCUUCAGCGCCCACCGCGCCAACAGCUCCUACGCCGAGGCCCGCAGCGCCUGCGGCCGCCAGCGGGGCGGCCUGGCCUGGGUCAGCGGCGAGGCAGAGAUGCGCCUGCUGCUGGGGCUGCUGGCGGAGGCGGCGGGACCCGCGCCCUCGCUCUUCUGGGUCGGGCUGAAGAGGAGCGCGUCAGCCUGCACCCACCUGGAGCAGCCGCUCCGGGGCUUCUCGUGGGAAGGCGCCGGCGGGGCCAGGCUGGAGGCGCCGGCCGCGCUGGGCCAGUGGGCGGAGGAGCCCGGGCGCUCCUGCCUCACCGCCCGCUGCGCCGGGCUGUACCUGGCGGCAGCGUCGCCCGGAGGCGGCCCCAGCUGGGGCUGGAAGGAGCGGGUCUGCAAGCGGGAGAGCCACGGGUACGUCUGCAGGUACCAGUACGAGGGCGCCUGCCCCGACCUCAGCCCCGCCGGCGCUCUCGACCUGGACUACCGCCUCCCCUUCGAGGAGGGCAGCCCCGGGCCCGGCUUCAGCCCGCCUGGCACCGUGCUCACCGUGGCCUGCCCCGGCGGCGAGGUGCGGCUCACCUGCCAGCCCGAGCCAGGCGGCUUCGCCUGGAAGGGGGCGGCGGAGCCCCUGUGCCCCUGCAGCAGCCAGCGGUGCGCCGGGGCCGCCGCCUGCCGCGAUGCCGCCGGCGGCAUCACUUGUGCCUGCACCUCGGGCGGGCGGGACGGGGCGCCCUGUGCGGCCACUGGGCCGGCCCCCACCAGCGCCGUCGGCCCCGCGAAGUCGCCGGGUACCGAGGCGGAGAGGAAGCGGCCCUCCCUCCCGACGCCCGGCGGCUCCGUGGGGCCGCUCGCCGCCACCGCCGCCGCCGGCGGGGAGAAGACGGCCACCCCGCCGCCUUUCUCCUCCUCCUCCAGCUACGUUUUCAUCCUGGUGACGGUCGCGGUGGUGGUGCUGGUCAUCCUGGUCAUGACCGUCCUGGGGGUCUUCAAGAUCUGCUUCAACAAGAAACCCGAGGGCAGCGGGUAUAAGGAGCCGCCUGAGCCCGGCAGCAAGGUGGAGGGAGGUUUAGCGGAGCCGAACGGAGCAGCGGGCGGGGACUAAGCCCCGUUGCGGCGGGGACGGCGGGGGCCCCGUCCCUCGGGGUUGCCUCGAGCGGCGGCUCCAACCCCGGGGCCGCGCUCUGCUUACCCUGACUGUCUCGCUGCCAUCCCGGCUGCCGCGGGGAGCCGAGGACAAGGCGUCGUGGGACGUGGCUGAGAAGGACUUGCAGAUUGUCAGACGUAGGGGCAUGCAGCGACCCCCUUUUAAAGGCCUGGGAGCCUUUGGACAGUCAAUUUUUUGUUGGUCUGAAAAACAGUUAUUUAGGUGCUGACAUAAAUGUAGUGGCCUGGCUGACAGAAUAAUGGCUUAUAAUGGCUUAUCUGCAGCUGCAACCGUUGUGGGUUUUUAUCUUCUCAGAAAUUUUUCUUUGGGUGCCUUACUUGGAGCAAGUGUAAAAGGGACCACUUUGAGUGCUCGCAUCUUCUAAUUUAGCAGGCACUCCUUGUCUGAGUGGUACUUGGAGGCUCUCAUUUUCUUUCUAAUUGCUGGAACAUUUCAAGAGGUGAACUGCCAUAAUUUCGGAGGAAAUGAUGACCCGUACUCUUUCAGACUGACAUUCUUAGACAUGAAGAGCAUUUCUAUACUUAGAAGAUCAUGAAAUUGCUGAGGAAGUGGGAGGUUAAUAGGGAGUCCUUUUCAUACUUCAGUUGAUGAAAAGA